UGGCUGAGCCUGGGAUAUAAAAGGGGCAGACAGAGUAGGUCUAAAUCGCUGAAGGAGCCAUACACCCCUCACAUACAUACACUCGUACACCCACCUCCUCCUGGACGGUCCCCCUCUCAUUCCUUCGCACAUCCUCUCUGGUAGUCUGACCGGAUGAGUUACCCGGUGGACACGAUAGGAAGCCCUUUCAGAAGAGCUAUGGAUACUAGGACGAGCAACUACGGCUACAGCCGCUCCGGCACCCCCUCCAGCGGCUACCGCUCCCAGUCCUGGUCCCGAGCGAGCCCCGGCUCCACCGUGGCCGCGUCUUACAAGAGGAGCGUGAACAUGCCGGUGUCCCGCGGUUACAGCUCCGCGGUGCUCAGCUCCGCCGACAGCGGUGAUUACAACCAGAGCUCCAUGCUGAACGGAGACUACAAGCGAUCUAACGAGAAAGAGCAACUCCAAGGGCUCAACGACCGCUUCGUUGUUUACAUUGACAAGGUGCAUUACCUGGAACAGCAGAACCAGCAGAUCGAGUCGGAGAUCCAGGCGCUGCGGCAGAAGCAGGUGUCUCGCUCCCAGCUGGGAGACCUGUACGACGAGGAACUGCAGGAGCUGCGCUCCGUGCUGGAGCAGAUCCACCAUGACAAGGCGCAGAUUCAGAUCGACACCGACCACAUCGAGGACGACAUCCAUCGGCUUAGGGACCGCUUCGACGAAGAGGCGCGCAUCCGGGAGGAGACUGAGGCCAUCAUCCGCGUCCUGAAGAAGGACAUGGGCGACUCGGAGUUGGUUAAGUCCGAGUUGGAGAAGAAAGUUCAGUCGCUGCAGGAUGAGAUCGCCUUCAUCCGCAACAACCACGAGGAAGAGGUGAGCGACCUGAUCGCGCAGAUCGAGGCUUCUCAGGUGACCAUGGAGAGGAAGGACCUGCAGAAGACGGACAUCACCGAGGCUCUGCGGGAGAUCCGCUGCGAGCUGGAGGGUCACUCCAACCAGAACCUGCAGCAGGUGGAAAACUGGUUCAUGUGCCGCUACUCCAAGCUCACCGACGCUGCGGAGCAGAACAAGGACGCCAUCAAGUCCGCCCGGGACGAGAUCUCCGACUACCGCCGCCAGCUUCAGUCCAAGACGGUGGAGCUGGAAUCCGUGCGCGGGACGAGAGACUCGCUGGAGCGGCAGCUGAACGACAUCGAGGACCGUCACAACAGCGACCUGUCCAGCCUCCAGGAGACAAUUCACCAGCUGGAUAAUGAGCUCAAGAGCACCAAGUGGGAAAUGGCUCGUCACCUGCGCGAGUACCAGGACCUCCUCAAUGUCAAGAUGGCCCUGGACAUUGAGAUUGCUGCAUACAGGAAACUCCUCGAGGGUGAGGAGACCCACUUCAGCACUUUCCCUUAUCGCCAGCCGAUCACUCCCGCCAAAAUCUCCAAGCCCAAAUCAGAAACCUCCAAGCUGAAGGUGCAGCACAAGUUUGUGGAGGAGAUCAUCGAGGAGACCAGGGUGGAGGAUGACAAGUCCGACCUGGACGAGGCCCUGGCUGAGAUAGCACAGGAGCUGUCAGCCACACUCGGAGGGGGAGGAGAGGACGAGGAGGAUGAAGAGGAGAAGGAGGAAGCAGAGGGUGAAGUAGAUGCAGGAGAGGUAGAACAGGAGGAAGUUAUUAGCGCCACUGAAGCUAAAGUAAGCUCCAGCGCACCCGCUAAGGGGGAAGAGGACGAGGAAGAGGAAGAUGAGGCAAAGGGUGGCGAUGAGGACGAAGAGGGAGAAGGUGGAGAGGAAUUAGAGAAGGAAGAAGAAGGUGAAGGAGACGAUGAGGGAGAAAAGGGGGAUGAUGCAGAGGGAGAAGGAGAAGAUGCAGGAAAGGAGGAAGAGGAUGAGGAAGAGGUUGAGGAAACAGUUCUGUGCUCCGAAGCUCCUGAGUCGAAAGCCUCUCCCGACAAAGAGAAGGCUGUAGACAAGGAAAGCAGCGAAGGAGAGGAGGAAGCAGCAGAGGAAGCUGGUGCUGAAGAUGAGGGUGGUGAUCAGGAUGAUGACAAAGCAUCCAAAAGCGGAGACGAGAAAGAGGAAAAAGAGGAUUCAGAAAAAAGCAAAAAGGAAGACGAGAAGAAGGUAAAAGAUGAGAAAGCAGAUGACAAGUCAGAAAAAGAGGUAGCCAAGGCAGAAGCUCCGAAAACAGAAGCUGCAAAACCUGAGGCCAAGAAGGAAGAGGUGGCCAAAACAGUGGCAUCGAAACCUCUAUCCCUAAAGCCUGAAUCCCCCAAGUCUGAAUCCCCCAAACCCCAGUCUCCUAAAUCUGAGUCUCCCAAGGCUGCAUCUCCUAAAUCUGAGUCUCCCAAGGCUGCAUCUCCUAAGUCUGAGUCUCCCAAGGCAGGCUCACCGAAGGCCGGAUCUCCCAAACCUGGUUCCCCAAAAGUUCAGUCCCCCAAGUCAGAAUCCCCGAAAUCUGUGUCCCCAAAACCUCAGUCCCCAAAAGCUGAAUCCCCAAAAGCUGAAUCCCCAAAAGCUGAAUCUCCAAAAGCUGAAUCCCCAAAAGCUGAAUCUCCAAAAGCUGAAUCCCCAAAAGCUGAAUCCCCAAAAGCUGAAUCCCCAAAAGCUGAAUCCCCAAAAGCUGAAUCUCCAAAAGCUGAAUCCCCAAAAGCUGAACCCCAAAAAGCUGAAUCCCCAAAAGCUGAAUCUCCAAAAGCUGAAUCCCCAAAAGCUGAAUCCCCAAAAGCUGAAUCCCCAAAAGCUGAAUCCCCAAAAGCUGAAUCUCCAAAAGCUGAAUCCCCAAAAGCUGAAUCCCCAAAAGCUGAGCCUCCAAAAGUUGAAUCUCCAAAAGUAGAAUCUCCAAAAGCUGAAUCUCCAAAAUCUGAAUCCCCAAAGGUUGAAUCCCCAAAAGCUGAAUCCCCAAAAGCUGAAUCCCCAAAAGCUGAAUCCCCAAAGACCGAGAAGCCUGACGCUCCUAAGCCUGCUGAAGAGAAAUCCGAGAAAAAGAGCGACUCAACAGAAGACAAGAAGGUAGAAAAGCCAGAUGUUGCCAUGAACGGCGACUUGGACAAGAGCCCAGAAGAGGAAGAAAAGAAGGACGAGGGCCUGGAAGACGACGUGCUCGCUAACGGCGUGGACGAGAGUCUUGGUAAGGAUGACGCCAGCCAGAAGGUGGUGAUCACCAAGACCGUGGAGACCAUCACCACCGGCGAGGACGGCUCCAAGCACGUCACCAAGUCCGUCACCGUGACCGAGACGGUGAAGGAGGUAGAAGAGAUGGUGCAGGAGACGGUGGUGGCCACCAAGAAGACGGAGAAGCACUCCACGCAGUCGGUCAAGGAGGUGACCGAGGGAUGAGGAGGCGUCAGAGGUUCAGGGGGGGAGGGGACGCGAAGACAAGCAAUCAACACACAACUAACAUAACAAAGAAAAAUCAUACAGCUAGAGCGAUGUAAUAAAGAUAACCACUCUCAAUCAUACUAAAACAAAAUCAUAGAGAGAAGCCAAAACCUCCAACGCAACAAGUUUCAAAAAUGCAUGUUGAGUGAAAGCUUUAAAACGGGCUUCGCUGCUGAUGCGGUCAGAAGAAGAUGACUGAGACAUUUUAUCCUCUUUUCGUUUUUUCCUCUUUCCUUUCCGCUGGUUACGGGUGAGCUCACAGGUGGGAGGGAGGGGGGUCUCUGCAUGCUAGCUCAGGGGAGGGGAGUACGUUCCUCUCUUAUCUGUAUGUAUGGUAGAAAUACACUGUAAAAAUGAGUAGAUAUAUAUGUAAAAGGGAUACAUGCGAUGUUGGAUGGCAGAGCGAGAGAUAUAUUAUUCAAGAUUUUCGAGGAGGGGGGGCAACAGCCUGCACGGAGGCUGCGAUUUUCCCAGACGUAGACACGCGCUUUACUGAAGAAGCCUUAGAUGACACACGAAGACACCAACUGAGCCAAUAAGACACUAACAACGAACACGACACGUAGUGAAGAGAGCGACGGCGUGGCGAGAAACACGAGACCAUAUACAUUCAGUAACUGAAGCUUAACGAACCUGAAGAAACUCUUAGCCUUAAACAUGCUUUUUAUCAGUGUCUGUUAUGUUUACCAGAGUGCAACUGAAAAAUAAAAUAUGAAUAUAUGUAGAAAUAUAUAUAUUUAAGUGUAAAUGCGCAGACACAUGCAUUGUUGUAUGCAUAUAGUAUGGACUUGAAUUUAAAUACAGAAAUAAAUGAGGUGCUACUGUUUGCAAUCCCAUGACUUUACUCAUCAUGAACGAUUUCCCAGCAGCAUUUGCUCAAUAAAUGUCAUAACGAAUUAAAGAAAAGUUGUCUUGUCA